CCAAAUUCAACGUCCUCGUCUCGUACAGGAAAACGUUUUGGUUGGCCAUUUUCUUUAAUCGCCACAUGGAUCAUGUAAACAUUAGUGACUUUGUUCUGUCAGCACUGCGAUGUCCGAAAACAUUCAAGCCGCUGUCCACUAGUGUGGCCCUUUAUCUGUAAAGUUGGUGGCUGCUGUCGGACGAGGAUGUCUCUGAGGCUGCUCGCGGCGGAUCCGUCAGACCGGGGCUCUCAGAGAUGCAGGCUGGGUCCAGAAUUGAUGUCAGCGCUGGGUCUGAGGCUGGGCUCCCCUCUGCUGGUGUCUUUUCCCGAGGGAAGCUGCCUGUGCACCGCCUGGCCCCGGUCUGACCUGGCCGAGGGCUUCUUGCAGAUGGAUCUGAAGUGUUCCUCGCCCGGUCUGUUCUCUCACCCACCAACACAUCACAGCCUGGACCCUGGCCAGCUCACGUCGGUUUCCUGCCCUAAACUGAAAAGUGUUAAGAUAACUGUGGUAGUCCAGAGUUUUGAUUUUAAGAAACACACACCUCCUCGCCUUGUCCACGAGCUUGUCAAAGACAUGCUUAGAGGUUUAUAUGUCCACAAGAAACAUGUGAUAAACCUGGAGGAUUUUGAUACCGACAUCACAUAUGUUGUUAUUGAAAGCAUCAGUCUGGAUUCUACCGGUGCUGGAUUUAUCACCUCAAAAACUGGUGUGGAGGUAGCAGACAUCCAGACGGUGCGGCAUUUCAGGAAUCAGCUGCAGGACCAGCACGGGGUCCCACUCGGCGGUCUGGAGGAGGUGAGUGCCACCCUGAGAGAGAUGCUGCAGCUGCCUCUGCUCUAUCCGGACACCCUGAGCUCUCUUGGUGUGUUGUGUCCCAGAGGUGUGCUCCUGGUGGGGCCUCCAGGUGUGGGAAAGACCCUGCUGGUCCGCAGAGUGGUGGCGGAGGUUGGAGCCAACCUGGUGGUGGUCAGGGGACCAGAGGUGGUGGGAUCACGGCCGGGUGAGAGCGAGGAGAAGUUGCGUGCGGUGUUUGAGCGUGCUCGAUCGGCAGCGGAAGAGGGUCCGUGUGUGCUCUUCUUAGAUGAGUUGGACUCUGUGUGUCCGAGGAGAACCGGCUCGUCGGCACCAGAGAACCGCCUGGUCGCGCAGCUGCUCACGCUGAUGGACGGGAUGAAUCGGUCCGAUCGCUUCCUCAUCGUCGGAGCCACCAACCGGCCGGACAGUUUGGACCCGGCACUGCGCAGGCCUGGACGAUUUGACAGAGAGGUUAUCAUAGGAGCUCCCACCUUGCAGCAGAGAAAAGCAAUCCUGUCUGUUCUGUGUGCGAGGAUGCCUGUCUGUCCCAGUGUGGACAUGGCAGAGCUUGCACAGAGAACUACAGGCUAUGUGGGAGCAGACCUCAGUGCCCUCUGCAGGGAGGCUGCCAUGCACGCUGUACGGGAGCGCUUCAAGAGCUCGGGAGAGCAGCUGGUGGGUAUGAAGCACUUCCAGGACGCCCUGAAGUCGGUUCGUCCCUCCUGCUUGCGGAGCAGCCUGGGCAGGACGGAGCUCACUCCAGUGUCCUGGGAGCAGAUAGGAGGCCUGGACGAGGUCAAACUCAAACUAAGACAGAGCAUCGAGUGGCCGAUGAAGCACCCUGAGGCGUUUGUACGUCUGGGUCUGCGCCGGCCUCGUGGCGUGCUGCUCUACGGGCCUCCAGGAUGCGCAAAGACGACACUUGUCAAGGCUGCGGCCACCUCAUCUCACUGUGCCUUCCUGUCUGUCAGUGGUGCUGAUCUGUACUCUCCCUAUGUUGGAGACUCGGAGAAAGCUUUAGCGCAGCUGUUUCGCCAAGCCCGGGCCUGCGCUCCCUGUAUCCUCUUCCUUGAUGAGAUUGACUCUCUAAUUGGCUCGCGGUCAAACGGUCAGAUAGCUAACAGCACACAGACACGCCUCCUAUCUGUGCUCCUGAAUGAGAUGGACGGGUUCGGUCUGAAGACGCUGGAGAGGAGAGGGACGGAGAAGAUCCUCCAGGCAGAGGGAGUGGAAGAGAAUCGCACGCAGGAACAGCUGGACUGUCAGGAAGUGUGCAACAAAGACGUGAUGGUUAUAGCUGCCACAAACAGACCUGACUGCUUAGACAGCGCCCUCCUCAGACCUGGCAGGCUCGACCACAUCAUCUAUGUCCCACCACCCGACCAGCAGGCUCGUCUUCGCAUCCUGAAGGUUUGUACAGAGUCGAUGCCUGUGGGUGCUGAUGUGUGUUUGGAGGAGCUGGCCGAAAAGACGGAGCUUUACUCUGGAGCUGACCUGGAAAAUCUGUGUAAAGAGGCUGCUCUGUUAGCACUACAAGAGGAGAACAUGGAGGCUUCUGCCAUCAAGCACGCAUACUUCCUCCGGUGCCUCAGCAAAAUGAGCCCCUCCCUCACUGCCCAGCAGAUCCACAAGUAUCAAACACAUCCCAGAUGACCAACGAUGACCAUUUUCUCUGCAUUGAUCAAUUAUAUUAUUACAUAAAAAAAUAUUUUGAAUUAAAAUGAGUAAAACUUAA